AUGGACUACAAUUCGAUAACUCUCUUAAAAAAUCUAUUUGAUAAAUGUCACGAAAAUGAUGACGAAAGCUCAUCAGACUCAGAAAAUGAGAGAGAACAAGCUUUUGGUCCCGGAGAUAUUAAGCAGCCAAAAAAGAGUCAAAUUGUUAAAACCUUGGAUAAUCCAUUGCUGAAAAAGGUCAAUGUUGACAAUUCAAUUAAAUCAAUGGACGAUUUAGCGAAACAACAGAUGAAUGAUGAGGAAUUAUUGGACAUGCGUAAGCACCCAGAAUACAAAAUCACUUACAAGCAAGCAGUUACGACUGAAGAUAUAUAUUUACAAAUGGGAUUUAAAACGCCCGCAACAUCCAGCUGUGAAGAUAUGAUUGUUGAGGUUCGAAUACCUGACGAAAUUGUCGGAAUUGAUCAAAUGGAUUUAACAGUCGAGGAAGACAAGAUUGAACUAAGAACACCAAUUUAUCGUCUUAAACUGAUGCUGCCACACAAGGUUAAUCCACAAAAGGGACGUGCUGAAUAUGACUCGACUAGCAAAAUUCUCAAACUUACAGUCCAAAUGAAUCGUGAAUAUGAUUUUAUAAAUUUCUAA